AUGCGGCACGCCUGGAAAUCCCCGGGCACUUUUUCCGUCCGUACGGGGAUAGUUAGCACUCUUGAUCCUUGCGACCGCCUGAGACGCGGGGCGGAAAGAACGAUGGCCCGCAUUCCCAGCCCCACAAGCAGCCAACUGGGCUCGGGCUACAGAGCUGCAGGGCUUCUCCCGCUCGGCUCGCCGCACAAGCCCUGCCGGCGACGGGCCCCGAGCAAGCCUGGCACACGCCGCCUCGGCCACGUGGUCUCCUCGCAGAGCAGCGCGCUUCCUGGCUGCGCCAGUCCCAGGAAGGCGGAGCCAGCAGCGUUUCGGGCCAAUCAGGGCCCCGCGCCGUGCUCCCGGCGUUCCGAGCCUCGAGCUCUCCAACGGGGCGGGGUCAAGAAGGGGAAAAGGAGCGAGAGAAAGGAACGGAGCCAGUCCGCCAAUGGGCGGGCGAGGCCGUUGACGGACGGCCAGCACGGACCACAGAGGCUGCGCCGAACACUAGCGCCCGCCGCGGGGGCCCAAUUGCGGCGCGCGGCGCCUGACAGGCAGCGGCCGCAAGCCAAUGGCGGCGCGGCGGUGGGCGGCGCCUGCGGGGUGGCUACAACGGCGGCGGGGGUGGCGGCGGCGGCGGCAACGGCACCAACGGCGGCCUGGGCUCGGCGGCGGCGCCCCCGCCGGCGGGGACAAGAAGGUCAUCGCAACGAAGGUUUUGGGGACAGUGAAAUGGUUAAUGUAAGGAAUGGCUAUGGCUUCAUCAACAGGAAUGACACCAAGGAAGAUGUGUUUGUCCACCAGACUGCUAUAAAGAAGAAUAACCCCAGGAAGUACCUUCGCAGUGUAGGGGAUGGAGAGACUGUGGAGUUUGAUGUGGUUGAAGGAGAAAAGGGAGCGGAGGCAGCCAACGUUACAGGUCCUGGUGGCGUUCCAGUGCAAGGCAGUAAAUAUGCAGCAGACCGUAACCAGUACAGACGAUAUCCACGGCGUAGAGGUCCUCCACGCAACUACCAGCAAAAUUACCAAAACAGUGAGAGUGGGGAAAAGAAUGAGGGGUCAGAGAGCUUGCCAGAAGGCCAGUCCCAGCAGCGCCGCCCCUACCGCAGGAGGCGGUACCCACCUUACUACAUGCGUCGACCCUAUGGCCGGCGACCACAGUAUUCCAACGCUCCUGUGCAAGGAGAAAUAGUGGAGGGUGCUGACAGCCAAGGUGCAGGAGAACAAGGCAGACCUGUCAGGCAGAACAUGUAUCGGGGUUACAGACCACGGUAUCGCAGGGGUCCUCCUCGUCAACGACAGCCCAGGGAGGAAGGCAAUGAAGAAGACAAAGAGAACCAGGGGGAUGAGGCCCAGGGUCAGCAGCCACCUCAACGUCGGUACCGUCGUAACUUCAAUUACCGACGCAGACGCCCAGAAAACCCUAAACCACAAGAUGGCAAAGAGACAAAGGCAGCCGAACCAUCAGCUGAGAACACGUCCGCUCCCGAGGCCGAGCAGGCGGGGCUGAGUAAAUGCCGGCUUACCAUCUCUACCAUCAUCCGGUUUAGUCAUCAAAGAAGAGAGAAUGAUAAAGAGAAUAUAAAAUUCCAGCAAUAAGAAAUGAACAGAAGAAUUGGAACUGAAGACCUUAAGUGCUUGCUUUUUGCUGUUGACCAGAUAACUCGAACUCUCUGCAUUAUCUAUGCAGCAUGGGAUUUUUAUUAUUUUUACCUAAAGCAGUCUGCUCCUUUUGGGAGUAGCAAACAUGUUUUUUAAAAGCCUGUUUUUUCUCAAUACACCUUUAAAGGUUUUUAAAUUGUUUCAUAUCUGGUCAAGUUGGGAUUUUUAAGAACCUCAUUUUUAAUUUGUAUGGAAUAUACACCUGAUUUUUUCAAGUCAAACUGCAAGCAUCUCUUAAUAAAGGUCUUAAGAAUUGC